AUGCCACCAAAGAAGAAGGCUCAACAGAAUGACAAGAAGGCUCAACAAAAGAAGAGGGUCAAGGAUGUGGAAGACAAGACUUUUGGUUUGAAGAAUAAAAACAAAUCGAAAAAGGUCCAGAAGUUUGUCGAACAAAUGCAAUCUCAAAGUGUCGAUAAGAAGAAACAAGAAGCCAUGGCUAAACGUAGAGCCGAAGAAAAGAAAGCCGCAGAACUUGCCAAAAAAGAAUCCCUUUUAUUGGCGCAAUCGAUCGUGGUGCAACAAAAAGUGCCAUUCGGGGUUGAUCCAAGGUCGGUUCUAUGUGUACUUUUCAAAGAAGGGAAAUGUACCAAGGGAGCCCGAUGCAAGUUUAGUCAUGAUAUGAAUGUGGGAAGAAAAUCGGAAAAAAGAGACAUUUACACCGAUCCAAGAGACGCCAAAGCGGGUGCUGAAGGAGGAGCCACAGCAACACCAGAAGUUUCAAAACACGGGAACCUUCGAACCACCACCGACAAGAUAUGUAAGAAUUUCCUCCAAGCGGUGGAAAAUGGAUCAUACGGGUGGUUUUGGGUAUGUCCUGACGGUGGGGAUAAUUGUAAAUAUAGACACGCGGUGCCUGAGGGCUAUGUGGUCAGGACCAAAGAACAAAGAAGAUUGGAACAAUUGGCGGCAGACUCCGCGCCAAAGAUCAGUUUAGAAGAAUUCAUCGAGUUGGAAAAGGAAAAAUUGGGUAAAGAUUUGAUACCAAUCACUCCAGAAUCGUUCGUCAAGUGGAAGAAAGAACAUCAAUUGAAGAAAUUGAACGAAAAGAAGAGAAUUGCUGCUAAUGGUAAAAAGUUAUUGACCGGGAAAGAAGUGGUGGAGAAAAAAUACAGAGAUAAAUUAUUGGAAAGUGGUAAAUUGGCCAGCGCGAUGUCUGGUAUUAAGGAUGACGAUGAGAAUGAAGAUGAAGAACACGGUACUAUUUGGGAUAUGUCCGAGUUCCAAAAACAAUUGAAAGAUUCUGAAAAAGAUGAGAAUAUUAAAGAUUACGGUGAUGGUACCACCUUCAAUUUUGAUGAAGCGCCAAAACCUGAGGAAAAGAAGGAAGAAGGGGAUGAGGAAAAGAAGGAGGGCGAAGAGCAAGAACAGAAUAAUGAUGAGGAAACCAAGAAUGCAGAAAUUGAAGUUGUUAGUGAGCAGGGAAAUAAAGACAGUGCUAAUGUUAAUGAUAAUGAAGUUAAUGAGGAAUCCAAGGUUGAUGCUUGA